AUGGCUCAGAAAACUCUGAAACCUGAGGAUCUGGAUGAAGUUAAAUCCUCCAUCCAGAAAAUAGUGGCCCCUCUGACGAACCUGAAGGCUUCUCUGACUAACCUGAUUCAAAGCCAGAAUCGGAAAGUCAUGAAAGAAUUACAGCUGAUGCGCGCUGAAAACGAGAAGCUCAAGCAAGUGGUUGAGGAGAAGGAGGCUCGCAUCAAAAGGCUGGAAAUUCUGGCUGAAGAUCUCGACCAAGGAAGACGCGCGAUUGAUCUCAUCAUCUCCGGAUUACAACUGACGCCCAGAUCAUAUGCCGAGGCCGCUAGCCCACCUGUGGCUCAACAGGCAAUUGCCAAGCUGCAAGAAUUUGGAAUAAAGGUGGACCCACAGGACAUCCGCCACUGCUUUCUGCUCCCAACUGGGGGGAGAGGACCGGCGACGGUGGUCGUGAAGUUGGCAGACCACAAGAGCAAGGUUGCCUUGCUUGACCAGCGCCACCGCCUGAAAGGAACGAAGAUUUUUCUGAGUGACAACUUGACUCGCCGAAAUGCCCAAAUAGCGAGAAAAGCACUUGCAAGACAUGAAGAUAAGAGUCGUGAGAAGCCUGGAAGAGCUGACCUCAUUCGAAAAUUAAUGAUAACACCUGUUACCACCUUUCUGGAUGACCAGAUUGAUGAGUACCAUGAUGACCCAACUGAUAAUCUUGAUCCUGACCUCAAUUUUUACAACAACAUGUCGAACAACUCUCUCAGAAAAUUAUUGUUGUUUCCUCUAGUUAAUUUGCAGAUCCUGCUGGCCGUCCUCCUGGCCGUCUUUUGCUACUGCUUGGUGCUCGCCUUCAUCCUCUGCUGCCGGCCAAAGAAGAGCUUACCCUCAGAGGACAAGGAGAUUGGCAUGACGUGCCCUCACCCCAACGAGCGAGUGACCGUAACGGUGACACCGGCACUGUGCACAAGGCCUGUCCGGCAACAGUACGAAGAACUGGACGGCGACGUGCUGGAUUUCACGUCCUCCAAAAGCAGCUCAUCUCCAUCCGAGGACGAUCUCAGCGACCUCCCGUUUGAUUCCAGGUGCGCGUCUCCUUUCCGCCGCCUCAGUUCGCCAGUCGUUCCUUUGGGGUGCCGUCAGAAUUCCAACCACAGUGGGGCAUCUUUACCAUCGCUCACAAAGCUGGUCCCUAAAUCCCGCUGGGCGAAGGGUCGGCGCAGCACCGUGAGCGGGGAAAGUUUUAGCCACCAGGCAACGCUUUCUCCCCCGCAGUACGGAUCCAUCACAUCGCCCAAACCCGCCAAGCCGGCCCCCUUGCUCCAUUUUUCCCUGCUCUACUCCUCAAGCGGUACCCUGGUUGUGAACAUUCUAGGGAUGUCCGGCAGGAGGCGCGGCAACAGGGUUUUGGUGCGGGCCAGCCUGCCUCCGCUGUGCCCGUUGCCGCAACAAGUGGUCUCCCGGCGCCGCAGUGUCAGCCCUGAGUUGCAGAACCAGAGCGUCGCGCUUCAAGCCGGCUCCGUGGAGAGGCUGCGUUUAUGCACGCUGAAACUUGAGGUCUACGGCCGCGACUUUUCGGGACUGCGAGAGGUGGCGCUUGGUGUGGUGGAGUUGCCUUGCCAGCACCUGGACUGGGAACCUGACACCACAGCAACGUGCACUAGGCAGCUCAGUCCCGUCAAAAGCAAACUCAAAAAGAGUGUGAGCUCUCAGGACACCUGGUCUCACAGGAAGAGCUCGCUGUGUCCGCCACGAUCAUUAGGCCAGCUUUUUGUGCUGCUCCAGUACCAGGCAUCGGCCGGCCGCAUCAAAGUGAUGGUCCGCAAAGCCGAGCAACUGGCCAAGCUCAUGCGCAUCCCUGGAGCACCAGACCACUACGUCGUCAUCAACUUGCAUCAUGAUGGCAAAGUGAUCAGCACCAAGGAGACCAAAGGAGCUGGAAGUUCCAGUCCAGUUUGGAAUGCACCAUUCCUGUUCGACCUGCCGCACGGUGACAUCGCUCAACUGCCGUUACUCCUCGAGUUUAUCGUCAUGCAGGGUCGUCUAUAUACUAAGAGCAGCAUUCUGGGCCGCGUGCUGAUUGGUGGUCAUGUUUCGGAUGAGGGGCGAGGACACUGGAAGGAAAUGUGUAGUCGAGGACCAGUGGAGACUGCACGUUGGCACGCCAUCCAGUCAGAUGUGCAGUAG